ACUUCCAAGAUGGACUCGACCUUAACAGCGAGUGAAAUCCGGCAGCGGUUCAUCGAUUUCUUUAAGAGGAACGAGCACACUUACGUUCAUUCAUCCGCCACCAUCCCGUUGGAUGACCCCACUUUGCUCUUUGCCAACGCCGGCAUGAACCAGUUCAAACCCAUCUUUCUGAACACAAUUGACCCUUCUCACCCCAUGGCAAAGCUGCGUCGUGCUGCGAAUACCCAGAAAUGCAUCCGGGCGGGGGGCAAGCACAACGACCUGGAUGACGUGGGCAAGGAUGUCUAUCAUCACACCUUCUUUGAGAUGCUGGGCUCCUGGUCAUUUGGAGAUUACUUCAAGGAGUUGGCAUGUAAGAUGGCCCUGGAACUUCUCACCCAAGAGUUUGGGAUUCCAGUUGAAAGACUUUAUGUUACUUACUUUGGUGGGGAUGAAGCGGCCGGCUUAGAACCAGACCUGGAGUGCAAACAGAUCUGGCAGAAUUUGGGGCUGGAUGACGCCAAAAUCCUCCCUGGCAACAUGAAGGACAAUUUCUGGGAGAUGGGUGACACGGGGCCAUGCGGUCCCUGCAGCGAGAUCCACUAUGACCGGAUCGGUGGCCGGGACGCCGCACAUCUCGUCAACCAGGAUGACCCCAAUGUGCUGGAAAUCUGGAACCUUGUUUUCAUCCAGUACAACAGGGAAAAUGAUGGUGUUCUGAAGCCUCUCCCCAAGAAAAGCAUCGACACGGGGAUGGGCCUGGAGCGACUGGUGUCUGUGCUGCAGAAUAAGAUGUCCAACUAUGACACGGACCUCUUCGUCCCCUACUUUGAAGCCAUACAGAAGGGCACGGGGGCCCGGCCGUACACUGGACAGGUUGGCGCCGAUGAUGCUGAUGGGAUUGACAUGGCCUACCGGGUGCUGGCUGACCACGCGCGGACCAUCACCGUGGCGCUGGCUGAUGGCGGCCGACCCGACAACACGGGCCGGGGGUAUGUGCUGAGACGGAUUCUCCGCCGCGCUGUUCGGUACUCCCACGAGAAGCUCAAUGCCAGCAGGGGCUUCUUCGCUACCCUGGUGGAUGUUGUCGUCCAGUCCCUGGGAGAUGCAUUUCCUGAGCUAAAGAAAGACCCGGACAUGGUGAAGGACAUCAUCAACGAAGAAGAGGUGCAGUUUCUCAAGACACUCAGCAGAGGGCGCCGCAUCCUGGACCGGAAAAUCCAGAGCCUGGGAGACAGCAAGACCAUUCCCGGUGACACUGCUUGGCUGCUCUACGACACCUACGGCUUCCCAGUGGACCUCACCGGGCUCAUUGCUGAAGAGAAGGGCCUGGUGGUAGACAUGGACGGCUUUGAAGAAGAGCGGAAACUGGCUCAGCUGAAAUCUCAGGGCAAAGGAGCUGGUGGGGAAGACCUGAUCAUGCUGGAUAUUUAUGCCAUCGAAGAGCUCCGGUCCAGAGGUCUGGAGGCCACAGAUGACUCCCCAAAGUACAAUUACCAUUCAGAUGCCAGUGGAAACUAUGUGUUUGAGAACGCAGUGGCCACGGUGAUGGCUCUGCGCAGGGACAAGAUGUUCGUGGACGAGGUGUCCACAGGCCAGGAGUGUGGCGUGGUGCUGGACAAGACGUGCUUCUACGCUGAGCAAGGCGGGCAGAUCUAUGACGAAGGCUACCUGGUCAAGGUUGAGGACAGCAGUGAAGACAAGACAGAGUUCACAGUGAAAAACGCGCAGGUGCGAGGAGGGUAUGUGCUGCACAUAGGCACAAUCUACGGCCACCUGAAGGUGGGGGACCAGGUCCGCCUGUUCAUUGAUGAGCCCCGACGCAGACCUGUCAUGAGCAACCACACGGCCACCCACAUCCUCAACUUCGCCCUGCGCUCAGUCCUGGGGGAAGCCGACCAGAGAGGCUCCCUUGUUGCCCCUGACCGCCUUCGGUUUGACUUCACUGCCAAGGGAGCCAUGUCCACUCAACAGAUCAAGAAAGCUGAAGAGAUUUCCAAUCAGAUGAUUGAAGCGGCCAAGCCCGUCUACACCCAGGACUGUCCCCUGGCAGCAGCCAAAGCCAUCCAGGGCCUGCGGGCUGUGUUUGAUGAGACCUAUCCUGACCCUGUGCGUGUCGUCUCCAUCGGGGUUCCAGUGUCCGAGCUGCUGGAAGACCCUUCCAGUCCUGCCGGCUCCCUCACUUCGGUCGAGUUCUGUGGGGGCACGCACCUGCAGAACUCAAGUCACGCAGGACCGUUUGUGAUAGUCAGCGAAGAAGCCAUUGCCAAGGGCAUCCGAAGGAUUGUGGCGGUCACCGGUGCCGAAGCCCAGAAGGCCCUCAGGAAAGCAGAAAGCCUGAAGAAAUCGCUGUCUGUCAUGGAGGCCAAAGUGAAGGCCCAGACUGCGCCCAACAAGGAUGUGCAGCGGGAGAUUGCUGACCUGGGAGAGGCCCUGGCCGCUGCCGUCAUCCCUCAGUGGCAGAAGGAUGAGCUGCGGGAGGACCUCAAGUCCCUGAAGAAGAUCAUGGACAACCUUGACCGCGCCAGCAAAGCCGACGUGCAGAAGCGAGUGUUGGAGAAGACCAAGCAGCUCAUUGACAGCCAUCCCAACCAGCCCCUCGUCAUCCUCGAGAUGGAGAGCGGAGCCUCGGCCAAGGCCCUGAACGAAGCCCUGAAGCUUUUUAAGACACAUUCCCCUCAGACAGCUGCCAUGCUCUUCACGGUGGACAACGAAGCUGGCAAGAUCACCUGCUUGUGUCAGGUCCCCCAGAAUGCUGCCAACCGAGGCCUCAAGGCCAGUGAGUGGGUGCAGCAGGUGUCCGGCCUGAUGGACGGCAAAGGCGGUGGCAAAGACGUGUCUGCCCAGGCCACAGGCAAGAAUGUGGGCUGCCUGCAGGAGGCGCUGCAGCUGGCCAGCUCCUUCGCCCAGCUCCGCCUGGGAGACGUGAAGAACUAA